AUGGCAGAUAGGGGCAAUAUCGGCAAUAUCCUAGAUGAACAUACCAACAAGCAACUUGUUGAUAGGGAUCGCUUCAACAGGGCAGGCCUUAAUUACCUUGAAACUGUGUUUGGACCAGCACUGGUGCCAGCUACAAUGAGACAUAAGAGUUUGCCGGCUAUGGACAAACUCCUUAUUACUCUAAGAUUUCCAAAGGUGGUGGGUGUCAUAGAUGGUACCCACAUACGUAUUCAGGCCCCUUCGGAGGAUGAGCCGUCUUUUGUCAAUAGGAAGGGUUUCCAUUCUAUUAACGUACAAGUUGUGUUUGAUGGUUUUGACAGAAUAACAAAUGUGGGUGCCCGAUGGCCAGGGUCUGUAUAUGACAGCAGAAUUCUUCAGCAGAGUGGCCUUAGGAACCUAUUUAAUGAUGGUCACGUACCUAAUGGCCAAUACCAUCUUCUUGGGGACAGCGGAUAUGCUGGGCGAAGGUGGCUACUUACCCCAUACCUCAAUCCCCAGCCUGGUAGCCAAACAGCAUACAACAGAUCCAAUAAAAUUACCAGAGCCAAGGUGGAGAGAGGCAUAGGCCAACUUAAAAGACGAUUCGGUGUUCUCCAUGGUGAAAUUAGGGUGCAGCCAGAAAAAGCUUGCAGAAUUGUUCUGACCUGCGCGGUUUUGCACAAUAUCUGUAAAGCGCAGAACAUACCAAUGCCAGACGUCAUUGAUGACGGCGGCAAUGCUAACAACAUGGACAACAACAUUGCUCCUCAACAUGGUAUGCAGUACAGAGAUUACUUCGCCAACACCUACUUUUAA